AUGAAAAUGAGGAAGAUUAAGCCAUAUAGAAAUGUUUAUCAAUUUUAGGGUUAGAUAUGGAUAUAAAUUAAUAAAUAUGCAUAUUAUUUAGUGAAUUAAUCUAUUUCAAUGGAUCUUAAAUUAAGAAUCUAUUUUAAUGUCAUCAUAAAUGUUAAUUUUGUUAAUUUUAAACAUGCUAUCUUUGUUAAUAAGGUUAUGAAUUAACCCCUAAUAAGUAAGAAUGUAGACAAUCUUCUAUAUUUUUAGAGUAAUUAGAAUAUUGUCAAAUAAGAAUCAAGAGUAUCUGUUUAAAAUGCGAAGAUUAUGCUUAUUUUUAUAUUUUUCAAAAUAGUUGUACUUUAUUAUUCUUAAAUUUUUAAUUUAAAAAUGUAAUAAUGUGUAUCAUUGGAUAGUUACGAAAUAUCUAACUUGUAAGAGAUGAAAAAGCAAGAAAAAUGCAGAAUGAAAAUUGUUUGUAUACUAUUUUGAAAUAAAAGUUUUAGUAAUUUUAACUUCAAGGAUCUUUGUCUUGAAUGCGAAGUGGGCUAUUAAUAAAGAUAUAAUAUUAAAUUCUGUGAAAUUAAUAGGGAAUAUGAAUAUUUUGCAAUGA